AGCCACCUUCUUCAAAUCAUCGAAUGAGUGUAUAAAAAGUGGAAAAAACUAGAUCGAUUGUGUGAAUGAUGCUGAUGACAUAGAUAGAAAAAGUAACGAGUUGAAGGGAUGAAAAAGAGAUAAACACAUAUUUCUCCAGCGGAAAAUGUAUAGAAACUAAUCAGUGCGAAUUAAAUCUACAAACUCCUAUAAAAACGCUUUUAAAACCAUUAUUGAUAAGAUAAGAUGCCAGAUUAAACAGAACAGCUUUUAUAUCCAUCGCUGAUAUAAUCAACAGUGAAGAUACUUUCUAUAAAUGUUUCAUCACUGAUAAUAAAACUAGAUAUUUUUACCAUCGCAUUUUGUUGCGAUCUAUUUGUGACGAAAAUCUCCCGCAUAGCCAAGGUAGCCUUUGUGGGCUGGCAACAUCGCCAUCGACCGCAGUACGACGCGAGCGGGGAGGGGGGCGUGCCGUCUGUCAAAUCGAAUUAUACUCCUGAGUUAUAAUUCGCGAUCAUUUCAUUAGAAAAAUAGCUUUUUCCUGAAUUAAUUUACGCAAUUUUAGUGUAUCUAUUCGUAUAAUAACGACCCACAAUCACGAAUGUCAAAUCAGAGGCAGAAUACGGCUCGUCCAGUGCGUAGCGAUCGUGGCCGUAGGGAUUGCUAUUUUUGUUUUGUAGCCCAGUUUUAUUGUAAAUAUUGUUUUUAAGUGUCGAAAUACAGCGGUGCAGUGGUGAUUUUUUACUUUGUUUUACUCUAUUCAGUACGGACACUGGCGAACCGUGAACGUGUUGCUUAGACGUUUUGUUGCAAAAAAUACUUUCGAAAAUCACUCUUUGGGUAACGAAUUGGUGCCAAUGUUAAUACAAAAACAGUUUCUGUUCUAAAAUGCAGUGCCAAAGUGGAAAAGUGAUAUUGUGUUACAGUGCCUAAAGAAAUCCGCCAAAAUAAAACAAUCUGUGUCAAAUUAAAUCCGUGAAGGAAAUUCAAAAAUAGAGUGCAGUACUUUGUGUUUAAAAAGUGAAGAGAUCGUAGACUAACGAAAGAGGAUCGAUUUCGUUUUCGAAAUGUGUUAGUGAAUAUUCUGUGAAUCAUCUAAAUGGCAUUUUAUCGUAUUAAAUUGCUUUAUAUUAGUGUUGUACAAGGAUGAGGCGGGUAUUUGGUGUGUGUACCGACAGCUGGAUGCUCUGCGGUCAGAAUGUGAGCGGCUAAUCAUACCUGGCUGUCACUAGAUGUUGUCUGGUAGUCCCCACGGAUCAGUGAUGUCUUGCCAGUCGCUCGCCGCUCGCGCGUUCGCCGAGCCCGAUAAGGACGCCAUGACUCACUGCAGCAGCUUCCACAGAUCGGUGCGGUUCAGUUCGGACUCCCGCGGUUCGACCAGGACCAGCAAUGACCCGGACAACAAACGGGAUACGCCUGGGUCCAUAUCGCUGACGGCACUAUCGGUGACCCCGGUGACGUCACAGACCUCCGCUAUGAGCCAAUCAGCGCCCUCCGCCUCGGCCUAUGACGUCGACGAUACGUCGAUCCCGCCGCUGGCGUCGUGCCGCUUCCCGAAGCUGGAGGAGUGCGCGCACUUCCACUACGAGCGCGUGGCGCUGGGCGGGCUCAGCGUCGAGAGCCUGCCCGCAGACGACUCCUGCCAGGACCCCGACAACGAAGGCUGGGUGUCGCUGCAGGUCCGCUCGCACGUGUCGGGCGGCUGCGAGGAGGACGCGGGGCGCGCGCUGUGCGGCAGCUGGUCCGGGGCCUGCGACCUGCGCGACUGGACCCUCACCAGGAACAAGCACAACUUCCUGCAGCUGGAUGACAUGCUGCACAGAUGCAUCUACGACCGCAAGGUGUCCGGCCUGCCCAACCUCAGCGAGAAGAUCCCGGCCGCCCUCGCCAAGUCCCCGGCGGAGUACCAGCGCCUCAUAGCGGACUACGUGCACCAUCUGUCCAUCAUCGCGGACGACUCCAUCAACUGCGGCCCAGUGCUCAACUGGCUGCAGAUGGACAAUAAAGGUCACAAACUGCUGGUGGCCAACGAGGACUCCUCAUCCAUCAACACGCCCGCCGUCGCAGCGGCGUACUCCGUCAGGAAAUAUGUGUCGCAGGCGCGAGAUGAAAUCAGUUUCGAAGUAGGCGAUAUGAUAUCGAUCAUUGAUAUGCCAGUGCUGCUAGGCCCGCAGGAGUCGGUGUGGUGGCGAGGCAAGCGCGGCUUCCGCGUGGGCUUCUUCCCGCACCACUGCGUGGCCGUCAUCGGGGACAAGGUGCCGCGACACAUGACGCAGCCGCCGCCCAUCGUCGGCUCAGUGGCCGUGGCCCCUAUAAAGCCGGUUCUCCGCAAGCACGGCAAGCUGAUCUCCCUGUUUCGGAGCUUCAUCCUGUCGCGACCCUCCCGGCGCAGUCUCAAGCAGCAGGGCAUACUCCGGGAGAGGGUCUUCGGCUGUGACCUUGGGGAGCAUCUGUUGAACUGCGGGCAUGAGGUGCCCGCGGUGCUGGUGGAGUGCUGCGCGGCCAUCGAGGCGCGCGGCGCGGUGGACGGCGUGUACCGGCUGUCGGGCGGCGCGGGGCUCACGCAGCGCCUGCGCGCCGCCUUCGACGCGGGCGCCGCGCCCGACCUGGCGGCGCCCGCCACGCUGCGGGACCCGCACGCCGUGCCCUCGCUGCUCAAGAUGUACUUCCGUGAGCUCCCAAACCCGCUGUGCACAUACCAGUUGUACGAGAGCUUCGUGUCGGCUGUGACGUCAGGCGACGAGGCGGCGAGACUGCGCGCGGUCAGGGACGCGGUGGUCAAGCUGCCGCCGCCGCAUUAUAGGACCCUUGCCUACCUGAUGCGCCAUCUCCGCCGAGUCUCACUGUUGGGCGAGCAGACCGGCAUGACCGCAAGGAACAUGGCCAUAGUGUGGGCGCCGAACUUACUGCGAGCGCCCAGACCGCAACACGCGCUACAGGGGGUCGCUGUGCAGGCGGUAGUAACAGAGUUCCUGAUCUGCUACGCUGAGGAGUUGUUCGCGCAGGAACAGGGAGAGGAGUCGGGACCUGAAUCUCUGGAACAAGAACGUUGUGAAUCUCAAGUGGAGUUGCGCGGUACGGAGUCGUGUCGUCGCCCGAAGAGUCUGCCCAUCAAUCCGCCCACCAAGUUGUUGAGUCUGGAAGAGGCUCGCCGUCGCGGGGCGGCGGGGUCAGGGCGGGCGGCGGGCAGCCCGCGCCUGCCGCCCGCCUCGGGGGCCAUCGCCGCCGCCGCCGCCGACAACACGCAGCUCAGACCCUCCUCGCAUCUGCGACCCAAGUAUAUAGAGGUCGGGUCUGGCCCCAACAAUCUCCCGCAGUACCACACGGUACUAGAUCUGCCUGUUCCCGGCAAGCGCGGUGUGAAGCGCUCCCCGGCGGGCUGGCGCGGGCUGUUCUCCCGCAGCAAGCAGCGCGCGCCCGCCAGCCUGCCGCAGCCGCCCGACCCGCCGCAGGCUGACAUCCCGAUGUGCGGCGUGGGCUUGCGUCCCGUAAAGUCCUGCGAGUCGCUCGCCUCGGACACGGACACACUAGCGCCCCUAGCGGACAGACCCGCCGCGCCUUUGAAACAUCAUACCAGAAGCCGUUCAGCGUCUUUCGGUUUCUGGCUCCACAGCGACUUGUUGAACGAGACUCGCGCGCAAUGCGUGGACAGUCAGUGUGACGAUAUAAGAUCGUCGUCGUGCGACUCGUACUUCGAGCCGUGGCAGGCGGAGCUGGCGGACAUGCGGCUGCGGCUGUCCCCGCAGGAGCGCGACCACCACAUGUUCAGCGAGGAGGACGACACUCAGAUACACGUCAACAAUGCACAGGACUCUCUCUGCUCAUCCCCGCCCGAGUCGGGACUGUGCAGCGCGGAGCCCAGUCCGCGGCGCAACCUGCGCGUCGACAUACACCAGGCCAACGAGCUGGCUGAGCGUCGUCGCCUGGCUCUAGAGGAGCAACUCUCUCAGAUCGGGUACAUCGACGGCGAGUCGCCGCGCCCGCGCCCCGCCCGCGCCGCGCCCGAGAAGCGUCACUCGCAGCGACCCGCCUCGCCCGGGAACACCGACAUCGCUAAGAGACUAUGCAAAGACCGCGACAGUCCGAUGGCGUCACUGACCGACUUCCCGACGUCGCUAGGCAACGUUAAACUCAGAGAGAGAAACUCGCCACGAAAAUCAAAAGCCCGAUACAGCGGCAUGCACAUAGACGCAGACAAACAGACAAACAGACUCAGCUGGCACGGCAAAGACGGACAUUCGACCCUCAUCAAAAUAGACUGGCCGGCGGAGAACUCCGUCAGCACUCUGACCACCAGCACGAUUAACUCUAGCCCUCUGACACCCAUCACGCCGGUCUACGACCCUCUAGAAAGCGAUUCCGAGCUCAGCGAUACAAACAAACACACAAUACAGAUAACAACAGAAAUCUGCAAUAACUGUGAACAAGAGAAAUGCCUGAAAUGUGAACUGAAAGCAACAGAUUAUGAAAAUAUUAAAGAUUUCUCUGAAAAUCUUCACGAUAGCCUAGAGCAUAGCCCUUUGCAUUCAACAGAUAUUAGUUAUCAGAACUUGAAUAGACUGUCCGCUGUCUCGAAUUCCUCAAAUUCGGACCAUACUGACAAGAAAAAGGACGAAAGUGACGUCAUGAAGGUGAUGACGUCAUCGCACGAGAGUUCCUCCAGCUAUUCGAACGUUAGCUUAACUAAAGGCGAUGAAUUAUACGAAUGUUACAACUAUAAACGUCCGAAUUACAUAAACUUACAAUCAUCAAGCACUAGUAAAAGUUCACCGGGUAGCCCUUUGAAAAGCCCUCUGAAAUCCACCAUCAGUAUAACAUUCCGAUCGCCAACAAAAGUCAAUAACUAUGAAGAAACACCCACUAAUGAUCGAGACUCAGUCUACGAGGACAUCGAUUUAGAAAAGAAUUUAUCGAUUGUCGAGGAAGCCACUGUACCCGAAACUGACGCCAGCUUACCAACCCAACAGGCUUGCCAACCUGACGAUCAGGACUUGAUCAUACUCGAGACCCCAACGGAAACCCAUCUGGACGACGACCCUGACGUAUACAGCCAAGUGAAGUUCUUCAAGAAGAGCAUAGAUGAGGUCAACGCCAUGCUCCUGCCAGAGGACAGGCACUACGAGAACAUAGCCUUUGAGAAACAAAACGAUUACGAAAACAUCAAUGUUGACACCCUCAAAAUAUGCGAUAAAGAUUUAGAUGUUGAUAAUACUAAGGAAACAGUAGAAAAUGGCAAUUUUAAGAGUAUGAACGUUCGUGAGCUAGCAAUCAGAUUCGAAAGUCCAACCGAACAGAAAUCGCAAUUUACCUUCGAUAAAUUCAAAGCUGAAAUCAAAUACCCUAGUCUCGAAAGAAAGGACGAGAAAAGAGUUUUAGAAGUCAAAAAAAUUGACGUCAAACCGUCAAACGUCUCGCCCAAGUCCUACAGACUAUCGAAAAACUCUUGUAAUGCAAGAUCUCUCGACGAAAACGCGUUUAUCAAAGAAUUUGGAAAUGAACAAUCAAAUGACAGACGAAAAAGCCUAGAAGUCAAACAUUCAAGCAAAAAGAUCCCAGAUCUAAAUCUGAAUACAGAUCACGAAACCAAAGUGAUUAUAACUCCAACCACGGAGAAUAAAAUAUCCUUAAUACAGAGGUUCGAUAGACCUGAUAUUAAAAACCUAAUAUCUAUAGACCCAGACAAGAAGUUAAGUAGAGAACGAAUAGAGAAAUAUAAAGAAGAAAGGAGAAACUUCCUCAGAGAGAAAUACAGCUCGCAGUCGUUCCGCUCGAACCCAGAACAGCUGACUCGUAUCAAGAUAAGAAAAGACAAAGAAGAGAAAGCGGAAAGAGAGUGCGAGAGAUUAAAAGAAGAGUUACCGAAGUUCGAGAGGAGGAAUACAGUGGAUCUGGGGCAGAGACUGAGGUUCAGUCUGGCUAAGAGCAGUAACAACUUAGAAUCCAUACCCUCGCCUAGUCCGGAGACAGAUUUCGAUGAUAAAGACAAACAGUUCGACAGAAAGGAGAAAGUCUCCCCCUCAUACAACAUUCGCGAUAUGACAGCGAUAUUUGAGCAGAAAUCUCAUCCAAACACAGGUUAAUACCAGUACGUAAUAAGUUCACCAUUGUAUGAUUAAAAUUUGUAACGAUGUUAACAGUUAUACUAAUAUUACCAACACGGACAGACAACUCGUAAUUUAGUCGACUAUAUAGGACUGCACGGAUAGCCGAGUGGUUGAGGUCACCACGCCAAACCCACUGUGCACGUCGUGUCGCGUGUUCGAUCUCG